AUGGUCGCAACUGGAACUGUGAGUCUCCAAUCCCCUCUUGAUUACUCGGCUUUUGGCUCACCCUCUCUAGUCCUCUGGAUCACGAACCAUGCGACUGGCUGGCAAAUCUUGUUACUUUGCAUUGGAUUUUUCGGCUUUGUCUGGAUUGCCGUUCUCUUCUUACUAGCCAGACUGUCCAAAUCUCACAGUUGGAUCCUCCCGGUCCUCGCCUGUGGCUUGGGGGCGCCACGCUGGGCCCAAAUAUGGUGGGGAACAUCUGGCUCCGGCCUCUUCCUCCCUUGGGCUGGAAGCUACACCUCUGGAGCUCUAGUCUCUCGCUCCCUAUGGCUCUGGCUUGGAGUAUUGGAUGCAUUGCAGGGUCUCGGGUUCGGUAUGAUUCUCUUGCAGACCCUGACACGAAUGCAUAUCUGCUUCACACUCAUGGCGUCCCAAGUGCUAGGAUCCCUGGCGACAAUUUGUGCGAGGUCUUUUGCACCAAAUAACAUUGGUCCCGGGCCAAUCUCCCCGGAUAUUACCGCAGGAGCGGGUGCCUUGAGCAACGCUUGGUUUUGGGUUGCUCUUAUUUCGCAGCUCGCGAUAUGGUAUGUUAUAAUCCAUCACUCAUCUGCUAUCUAG